AUGUUGGGAGGAUCGCUUCAGUCACGAGCGCUCAAGACGCAAUCCCUCCCACUCUCGUCGCUCCUCCGACCGAUCCCGCCGGUGCUGGAUAGCAAGAAAAUCGAUUCGAUGGUUCAGACGUUAAGGAACGAAACGCCGGACUAUAUCCCGAGCCCUGCGCCCGAGGCGAUAACGCCCGGAGAGCUGCCGCCGGUGGAUGUGUUGCACUAUCGCGCGCCGUCGGGGAAGGACUUUUAUUUCGCGUUUGGCGGGUGCCAUCGUCUGCAGGCGUAUGAGAAGGCACAGGUGGAGAGUGUCGGUUGUAAGGUUUUGAAGGUUACGAGGCCAAUGCUGAAGGUGUACUUGGGAGGCUCAGUCGAUGCCAUUGUUGGGGAUGAAUAA